AUUAGCGCGGCAAAACCCACGAGCUCGCAUUCAAUUCACCCAUGGAACGCGCGUAUUUGAACCGUAUAGCCACCGCUUUCCGCCACUGUGGCGGCCGAGCUCAGAACAAUCACAGCUGAGCAUUUCACUACCAAUUGAUCAAGCUCGGCGUUUCGAAUGACAUUUUUCUUGCUUACAAUCUGAUCUCUAUCCAUGUGGCAUUUCAUAUUUGGAAGACGCACGGAAGUUGUUUGAUGAAAUGCCUGAGAGGGACGUUGUGACAUGGACCACGAUGGUUUCUGUGUAUACUAAUUGCGUAAAACCUGAUAAGGCUGUGGGAUUGUACAACCGGAUGUUGGGGUCUGAAUCGGAGACGCCGAACGGGUUCUUGUACUCUGCGGUGCUCAAACCUUGUGGCUUGUUGGGCGACCUGAGAACGGGUAAAUUGAUCCUUGAGAGGAUAUGUGGCGAGAGAUUGGAGUUUGACACUGUUUUGAUGAAUACCCCUUUGGAUAUGUACUUCAAAUGUGGGAGUUUGAUUGAUGCUAGGAGAGUUUUCGAUGACAUAUCGAGUAAAAACACGACUACGUGGCGCACUCUGGUUUCGGGUUUUACUGAGGCUGGUUUGAUGGAAGAGGCAGUGAGUUUGUUUCAUCAAAUGAAAGAGCCGAGUGUUGUCUCUUGGAACAGCAUAAUUGCUGGUUUUGCAGAUAAUGGAAGUUCUCGCGCAUUUGAAUUCGUUUGUAUAAUGCACGGAGAAGGCCUCAAGUUAGAUGGAUUUACUUUCCCGUGUGCACUUGGUUGCAAUGAAUUGACUGAAGCUGUAGAACUGUUUGAUCAGCAUUCAUGGUGCUAUGCUUCCUGUUUGCCCCCUAAAUUCGCCGUGCGCCUCCCGGGCAUGCUGGGAAUUUCAAACAAGAAAUUGGUGGGUGCGAGCGUGUCACUACUAGUUGCCGCUAGUAGUCGGGAUUUGAAUGAUUGAGAUUGCGCUUGAGUUCAACCUUUAACCAAGAGAUUGUGCCAGGAGUGCCUCAAAUCAAGGUUCUUUCUUUGCCUUAAAGAUAAGGACUUUACUUAUAUGGAGAAAUGUAACAAUAUGUAAAUGGCAAGUUUACUGGAAGGGUAUAUGAUAGAGGAAGUAAAUGAAGUUAAAGGCAUUGUAGAUUAAUAUAAAUUGCUUGGAAAUGUUAAUGAAUUGAAGUGCAGUGCAACUAAGUAAAGAUUAUUGAAAAGCAAGUUGAUUCGUACAGCAGAAAUGUAAAUGAGAAUACAAGGAAAUCGAUACUACUCAGAAGAAUAGCAGAGCUUUAAAAGGAAAUACAAGGCUUUUGUAGAAAUGAAGUAUUAAAAAGGGUGCAUAGAUUGAACCAAGUUGAAUUGUUUGAUU